GGCAUGCUACGAAAUUCAGAGGCUAGUGAAAUUCCCCUUCUUGGAGACUCUUCAACGCUUGCAUGAAGAAACUAAAUUGUUUUGCCUUUGAGAGGAAUCUAUAUACUUUAAGGGAAAAUCGUUCGCGGCGUCGUGAUCGCUGUUAGGAAUUGGAAAAGUGCUAUGAAUUCAAUCGUCGGUUUGCGUUUCUAGCUUCUUGACUGCGUUCGACCUGACGCGUUACUGAGUUGCAAAGGCGGAGCAUAUCUGUUCUGGGGAGUGUGGUGGAUUGCGUUGGAUUGAAACAAGGGGAGAAAACUCUAGGAAUUACAACACUGUGUGCAGGACCUGAAUCAAAAAGCCAUGUCAGGAAGAACAAAACGAGGUCCAGGUAGACCAAGAAUUACAGAGACUGUGCAUUCCCUGAGUCCAUAUCCAAGUUCACCAUUGACACCAGACUCUGAAGAAGGUUACAUCUUGAGUAUGAGAGAAGAAAGUAGAUCAACAAGGGUGCGGAACAGACCCAAGCCACAGCCUGCAAAGAAAACAAGGGUUAAUGCUCAGAGUAAGUUGAAAUCUCCUAUCAGAGCUUCACCGAUUGGUUCUUGCACUGAGAGUAAUCUAAGUGUGGAACAUGAGAACAUGAUGGAGAUGUCAUCGUACUCUGUGCCUCUGGAUGGGCAGCCAUUGUAUGAUAAUUUGACACCUGAUGGCUUUGGAGUUAUAAAACAACCAACAGUGGACCGAGAUGAAGAACUGGCUAAAAGCAAAACAUGCUCAUUCUGCAAUUGUGGUGUGGAGAAACGUAUGUUCCACGGCAAACUCCAGAGGUAUGCACCUACUCCAGGAUUCAACCCAGUCAAAAAGCUCCAAAACAGACACAGACAGAACAGUGGCUGUGAUCCUUUCAGAGACCGGUUUUAUGUAGAUCCUUGCGACACGGGACAAUUUGCUGAAGAUCACCCGGAACCUCCACCUGUAGUAACUCGCCGCGGGCCUGGCAGACCACCUGGACGUGGAAGGCGGAAGGGAAUUGUGGUUGUAGGUUUGCCAUUAAGAACUGGUAACAAUGACACUACAAUUGACAAGACCACAUAUGGGACAGUAAAGGAGAAGGAGCUAAGUGAUGUUUUUGAAGAAGAUGGUUACACCUGGGCCCAUCACUGCUGUGCAGCUUGGUCUGAGGGAGUCAGCCAGACAGAUUCCUAUGAUUUAAUCAAUGUUGACAAAGCAGUAGUCAAAGCUAUGUCAGAGCGAUGUAAUCAUUGCAAUCGGUUUGGUGCAAGUGUCGUUUGUCAAAUCCCACGCUGUGGAAAGACCUAUCACUAUCCCUGUGCAGCAAGUAGUGGUUCUUUUCAGGACAUUAAAUCUAUGACCAUGUUAUGCCCAGAUCAUUUGGGAGAUGCAGGACAUCUUGCUGGGGGUGAAGCUGAAUGUGUCCUCUGUGGGGAUGCCAAGGAUUUUUCAGAACAGAUAUUCUGCACAAGUUGUGGUCGCCAUUAUCAUGGCCGGUGCCUCGAUCCUUCUGUCGAUUUAACUCCACUAAUAAGAAUGGGCUGGCAGUGUCCAGAUUGUAAAGUCUGUCAGGGUUGCAGGCAACCUGGUGAUGACAACAGAAUGUUGGUUUGUGACUUAUGUGACACUGGAUAUCAUACAUAUUGUCUGGACCCUCCCAUGAGCACCAUACCCAAAACUGGUUGGAAGUGUGUGGCCUGUCGUCGAUGUGAAGACUGUGGUUCAAAUACUCCUGGAGGUGGGCCUACUUCCCGCUGGCACCAUAAUUUUUCAGUGUGUGAUAGUUGCUAUCAACAACGUAACAAAGGUCUGUUUUGUCCUCUGUGUGGGAGAGCGUACCGACAGUUCACUGAUGUUGCCAUGGUGCAGUGUCUCUCUUGUGAGAAGUGGAUCCAUGCAAGCUGUGAUAACAUUGAUAAGGAAGAAUAUCAAAAGUAUAAUGCCAAGGAGUUUCCAUACUUCUGUCCAAACUGCAAGCCAAAGAAGGGAUCCUUACAGCUGUUGGACAAGAAUCAUGGACUAGACCUAACAUUUACUGAGCAGCACAACCAUAUGGACAUAGCUAAUCUUGACUGUCCACCAGAAGAAGACAAGCGUACACUAACUAUAGCAGCAGGCCGCAUGAGCCCUUGUAACAUAGAUGAUGACCUUCUUUUGGGUCCUCAUCUGGAUGAUAUUAGUGCACUGCGUCAUUUUGACCCUGUUCUUGAUGACACAGAGACCAUUCCUAUGCCAAACCUUGACAACAUUGAGCCUGAGAAGUUGCAGCUAAGUGAAAAGUUACCACUGGACGAGGAAAUGGAAGUUGUUGUGAAGCCAGAUCAUGAGUUGGAUUUAUUGACACACACAGCUGGUCUUACAGAGCCGUGUUCCUUGCCGUCACUUUCAGUAACAAACCAGUUAAUGGACAGACAGCUCACUGUUCCCAAGGCUCCUAUGCCCAACUACUAUUCUCCAAGAAACUAUCACCCCCCAAAGCUAUCAGGAAAGAGGAAGUUGUCAAGCAAAAUCAGGGCUAAGUCAGGUGGAACUCCUGCAAGGAAGAAAUCGAAACAUGGUAAACCAGGUCCAGGUCGUCCGCCCAAUAAGCUUAAGCACAAAGCAGCACCACAAACAUCCCCUGGCAAAGAGAAUGUUCCAAAGGCAGCAAAUUCAUUAGAUCAGACCAGCAAGGAAGAAGAAUCAGAGAGCUUGCACACUACUCUUGUGCUGUUCUCAGCCAAUGAUGAAUUCACCACAAAACAGGACAUGUGCUUGUGCUGUGGAAGUUUUGGCAAGGGUCCAGAAGGACAACUGAUAAUGUGCUCACAGUGUGGUCAGUCUUACCACCCCUACUGUGUUGGUGUAAAGGUCAACAAAGUGAUCUUGACAAAAGGCUGGCGCUGCUUAGAUUGUACCCUCUGUGAGGGGUGUGGCAAAGGAAGUGAUGAGGCUCGUCUUCUACUCUGUGACAGCUGUGAUAUCUCAUAUCACACUUAUUGCCUUGACCCACCAUUAGGUCAUGUUCCUCAGGGUGGAUGGAAGUGUAAAUGGUGUGUGACCUGUUUCGAUUGUGCAGCUACUACACCUGGAGUUGGUUGCCAGUGGAUGUCAAAUUACACUCAGUGUGGGCCUUGUGCUAGUAAAACAAUCUGUCCUGUCUGCAAAAUCAAGUACAACACAAAUGACCUUAUGAUACAGUGUGCACAUUGUGACAGGUGGCUUCAUGGUUCAUGUGAUGGUCUUGUCAGUGAAGAAGAACUGGAUAGAGCGGCAGAAUAUGGAUAUCAUUGUUUAUAUUGUCGCCCGAAAACCAAGCGUGCACUUGUCGGUGUCAGUGGUCCCCCAUCACCAAGGGCUACAGCUCUACACCAUUAUCGACCUCAGUCCCUAACUGAUGAUCUACAACCUCAACUAGAUGGGAAGCCUUUACAUCCUUGUCAGAGGGUCAACAACAAUUUGGUAGAACUGAAACUAUCAAACCACUUCAACAAAGUGCAGAUGACAGCACCCUUUUCUGGGAACAAUGUGGAACUGACAGAGUCUGGUGUGCGGCAUAUGAACAGGCUGAAGUUACCACCAAGCAGUAGGAGGCGAGUGGUCAAGAGCAAGCUGAAACCCAAAAAGUUUGGUAUGCCCACUAGUCCAGUCAAACGAAACAGCUUUGCAGGCCACUGGCAGGACAAAGAUGCCAUUUUCAAUAGGGCUGUUGUGGAAGAUGGUAGCAUGGAUAUGGUGGAUGAUAUGGAGAGCCUUAGACACAAGUCACCUCUUGCUUCAUCUAGAGUCAGUAGACCCAGGCAAUCUAAUGUGGGGCGCCCAGGAGUUGGUGGAUUUGUGCUGCGUGGUCGUGGCUCAGGAGGGAGGAGAUUUGCUGGUCGUGGUGCUCGAGCAAAUAUGAAGAAGAAAGGGCCUACAUUUACUCCAACUGCACGAGGGCCUUCCAACUUGAAUCAUUUGGGAAAUCAGUUGUCGCAGCAGACUUAUCAGAGUGGAAUGAAUAGUCCAUCCUUUGUUAGCAAACCUUCGCCAUUCGCUGAGUUGGAGCCUUCGCUAAAUCAAGGAAGCAACGCCAGUUGGGCUGAUGCCUGUGAUGAGAAUGCUCUACAGGAGUCGUAUCCUAAGUGGAUACAGGAGGCGUUCUUUGGCAAAGACCUUUUAGACACACUUGGUAGAGAGAAACGAUCAAAGCAUGGUGGUAAGACGCCGUCAACCCCUUCUGAGGAUGAAGAUAGAGCAAACCAAGACCCUUUCGCUGUGAGACAAGGUUCAAUCCCCCCCGACAGGCAGCAGACCACGUUUGAUGGUCCAGGACAAGUUCCAUUUCAGAUGGGGCCUGGGGAAGAGAGACAGCAUCCUGGUCAUUCAACACAGCCGCUUCACCAAACAGGUUUUCCAAGAGGAUCAUUGAGUGCUCAUGACAACUGGCAGCAAUCUGCCAAUGCAGACCCAUUUCCAUCGCAUGCCAUCCACCUGACAGAAGACGUCCCCAAUCCAGACGCUCUGUACAGCUCACUGGAUAUGCUGACAGAUGACUUACCAGGAACUCAGAAUGAUUCGCAUUCCACAAACAGAGCACUUCAACAACCAGCUUCUCAACAUCCUUCCUCGGCACCCACCCCCCAGUCACAUAUUCCUACGGCAGCAUCCUCUUGGAAUCAAGCUCAGACUCGCCCUCAGGGAAACGACCUUGAUAUUCUUUGCAACACGGGAGACAUCCUACCUCACGUUGAUGGGCAGGAAGUGGAAGACAUCUUCAUGGAUAUUGAAAGAGAAAUGAACAUUGUACCGCUGAGCUUUCUGGAUUCUGAAAUGGACAACAACGUGGCCAACGUGCAGGAGCAGUUUCCACCACAGAGUGCUAACUCUGUGUCAGGUCAUGGUGUCGGUUUUCAAGCAAGCCAACAUCCAAUUAGUGUUUACAACCAAGGCACUGCCAAUCAGGGUUACAAUCCUGGCACAACACACUUUCAGAGUGGAGGAUCGGCUUAUCAACGGGGCCCUCAGAAUCACAUCGAUGGCUUCGCUAAUUCCGUUGUACAGGGUCAACUGGGUUUCAACCACAACAGUGCAUUCCCUAGAGGGAAUGAAUUUGAUCUGGAUGAUUUACCAAGGGAAAGACGCAGACCUCCCAGCCCACGGGUAGACCCGAUGAAACAACAGCAGAAAUGGGAAGAUGACGAAAAGCUAGGGGCAACUGCAACAAUAUCGCCAGUAUUAUAUGCCAACUUGGAACACAUUAACCUGAAGCAGGAGUAUCCAGACUGGCCCAACAGGUACAGAGCAAUAGCAAGACUUUGGCGAAAACUUUCAGUCGAGCAAAGGGAACCUUACAGGUUAAAGGCGAGGGAUAACCGUGUCCGACUGAAAGAUCAGGGGAAAAAGCUGAUUGCAAAAAAGGAGGAGAAAGCAAAGUUAGAGACUCAGAAGGCCUUGCAAUUAAAGCAGCAACAGCAACAACAACAACAGCAGCAGGAGCUGCAGUUACAGGAACAACAACAGCAAAUGCAGCACCAGCAGUUAGAACAGCAACAACUGCAUCAGCAGCAACUUGAACAACAACAGCAACAAAUGUUGCAGCACCAACAGCAACAACAACAGGCUCUACAGCUGCCCUCUCAAUCUUCACAAGGUCAAUCUCUCUUACAUCAGCAUGACCAGCGUUCAACGUCUACGACUCUUUGUCCAGUCACAGAUAGUCCAAUGCUUCCAGUAAAUAGUGUUAUGCCAGUUCCCCUAACACCAAGCACACCUGCAAGGUCGAUUACACCUGUGACUCCUGGCACUCCUGGCCCCUUGACCCCGACCACACCCACCACACCCACGUUCAGCCAAGUGAUGGGUCACCCGCCAAUUGGACCUGUGAUUCCAGCAACUAUGGCAGGUCAUCAGUCAGCAGGCAAAACUACGAGUAACAAAGGGAAAAAAAGUAAAGAGGAAAAAGAGAGAGAGAAAGAAUUAAGAAAGCAGAGACUACGCAUUCAACAGGAGCAAGAGCGGCAGUGGAAAAUCCUCCAGCAGAGAAGAGCUUUGGAGCAACAGCGUCAACAACAGCAACAGCAGCAGGAAAAUGUCUUGCUUCGACAGGAACUCAAAAAACAACAGCAAGCAAAAGGAACUAAAGUACCCGAUGAACAGAAGAAAAAGCGUUUAUCUAAAGGUGGAAGACGGGCUUCUGCGCAGGCUUCUAAGGCCUCUGACAAAUCUGGAAGUGGCUCACACGACUCGCCAAAUUUUCAAAAUAGCGUGGCACCCCCUGAUGGAGCUGAAAGUAGACUAGAAGAACAAGUAUUACCUGCUGGCCCUUCGUUUUCGUCAGCACCCAGAGCUAAUGCAAACGCCCUGGCAUCUACUAGUCAAUAUCAACAUGAACCGUCUCUUGACUUUUUGACUCCUUACGAUACACAAGGCAAUGGAUUGUUGGAAGACAAGCAGAGUGAUGGAAGUGUCAUGAAUCCUAGUCAUCAUCCCCCGAACUCAAAUGCUGGUGACAUCCAUUCUGCACAGGCAGGUGCUAACCACCAGUUCCAGAGACCUUCGCUUUGGGAGAAGGAACAUGGGAACGAGACAGUGCACCCUGCUGAGGAAUCAAUGUGGGAACAGUCACAGAGCUGCAGUCAACUUCAAGACCAGAAACAAAGUAAUGGCUCACUGAGUUUAACUCAAGUUUCACAGGCACAUGAAGGUUCUAAGCAUAAUAUAUGGAGUUGUGACAACUUGCAACCUGAGACAAUACAAGAUCAAUCGGGGAUAGAAAAUGCACAAGGCAGAGUCUUGUUACUUGAACAAAACACAAGACCUUUACAAGAAGGGGUCCGGCAGGAACAGAAUUCUCAGAAUAACUUUGGUAACAAUGAGCAAGUCAUUUUUAACAGUGAGAGACAACAGUGGUCCCAUGCUCAUGUGCCUGCAAUGCCUUCAUCUCAAGCACCAAUGCCAAGUCAACAAUUGAGUUCUGAUAGUGGAAAAAUAGUGCACCAACCAGCUGUAACUGACUCCUUGCAGGCAGUUCCCUUUUCAGUGCCACAGCAAGUGGCAUUGAAACCCACAGAGCAACAUCAGCAGCAAGCUAUGGAAUUGCAACAACCUCCACAACAAAUUCCUGUUAUGCAUUGGCAAGAGGAACUGUCACAAGUUCGAGCUCAGGUGGCUGCUGCUCAUGACCUUCAUCCUUCCCAAUCUGUAGUUCCUUCCUCAGCUCCAGCACCUCCGGUGGCACCACCUCCACCCCCAUUGCCAUCAUCCCAGCAACCACCUACUAUUCCACAACAGCCAUACGAACUGGGUGCUGGAUGGCUACAUCAGGGCCAGUUACCUUCUCAAGUACAGACACAACCAAUGGUCACAUUCCCACAACCGCCUCAACCUCACCAGGUACAUGGUACUACAACGACACACGUGGCAAUGCCUCAGACACCAUUUCAACCUCCACCUCAGAUCCCUAUCCAAGUGCCACCCAAUCAUCCUACCAACCAACCCAUUUCAAAUCAACCUCAGGAUAGUCAACUGCAACAGCCACAACAACAGCAGGACAUGGUUCAGCGACAACAACGAGACCAACUCAUAAGAGCCCAACAGCAGCAGUUUUUUCAGAUGCUUCAGCAGCAACAGGCGUUUCAACAUCAGCAGCAUCAGCAGCAGCAACAACAGCAGCAGCAACAACAACAGCAGCAACAGAAUGCAGCUAUCCAACCAGGAUUUGCAAGGGCACGGUUCAAUACAGCUAUCAACACCAAAGAUCUGCCUGAAAUUGACACAGAAGAGGAACAUCAAGAAAGGCUUCGUUUUCUCUAUCGCCAGCGCCAAGCACAAAAACAGCAACAGAUGCAGAUGCAAGCUCAACUGAUGCACCAAGCUUGGAUUCAACAGCAACUUGCUGCUGGAGGUGGUCAAGGAGUUGUUCCACCAGGUGUACUUACAAUGGAUUCAUCCAACCCUCAAAUGUUGCAACAGUUUGCUCAACAGAUACGUCCCCAAAUGCCAGACAUGACUCAACAGCAAUUGCUCGCUGAAUAUCAAAGGAGAAUGACGCAGCGGCAAGACAUAGGCCAGCAAUCUGUUCAAUAUGAUAAGGUUUUGCAGGAGCUCCAACAGCAACAAGGGAUCCCUGUUGGAAGUGCUCAUGCUGUAGGCCCUUUCAUUGAAGUUCCUCAUCAGAGAUUUGGCUUGAGACAGCCAACUUCUAUGGUCCAACCAAGUUUAAAGCCCAUUAUGCCAUACGGGGGACUUGAUGGACAGUUCAUUGGUCAACAGCAGCAACUUUACAAGAUGCAGUUGCAGCAACAAAUGUUGAUGCAGCAGCAGAAAAAGGAAACUUCUCAUAGGAGCUCCCCUCGAGCGAGUCCUGCUGCAGGAAAGGCUAAUGCAGGGGAAAGUAGUGGUGAAGUCAGUGGGAGUGUGGAUGAUGAUAAGCUUAAUGGCACAACUGUGUUGUCAAGUCAUACCAACUCUGAAACUGAAAAACUCCCUGAUAAAUCCGAGGGCUCUGGAACCGAAAAUGAAAAGCAAGUGACCAAAGGAAAAGAUGUUAGUGCAAGUGGAACAAACCAGGUUGCCGGUAUUACUGCUGAGACAUCUCCUGAGUCUGUGGAAGGCGAGAAGCUAGAGAACACUAAUUACGAGAAAGACCAUUGUAGUAGAGACAGUAAGAGCGAACAGGAAAGUAGAGAGGUUAAUGGUACAAGAGCCACAAACAGCUAUGAAGAGAAGACUAGCAGCCUAAACUCUGAAGAUAUUAGUGCACACAUACCGGGAAGGUCUGACGAUUAUGACACCACAGCCAUUCAGAGGGAAGAGCUACCUAGUGUUACCUGUGGGGAAAAGAAGGCCAGUGAAGACUACGAUGUCGAAAAGGACCUUGCCUCAGCCAAUGUAAAUUUUGAUAGCCCUUCAGAUAAAAUAUGCUUUGAUGCAGGGAACGAAAAUAAGUGUGAAGGUGGAAAUGAAUCAGAGGGAUGCUCUGGAGAACAAAAAGAAGCUUGCAUUGAAACACAAGGGGAGCAGGUGGCAGUUGCUCAAACUCUUGACUCCAGCAAAUUGGAGGGAGCUGCAAACAUGAAAGAAGUGUCCCAUCAAGAAGGGAAACCCCAAUGUAAACCUGAACCCUUGCUUGAAACCAACCCAGCGCCUAUUCAGCCACACAAUGUAACCAGCCAAGUAAAUUCGGUACCACCUCCUCAUCCUCAGUUGCUGCUGCAGCAGCAGUAUUUGGUAUCACAGCAGGAGUUUCUGCAAAUGCAACAGCAAAGACAAGUUCUUGUGCAGCGGUACCAACAGUUGCAACAACAACAGCACCAGGCUGGAGGACAAGACCCUGUACUAGCAGGUCAGAUAAUGACUGUCCAAUCGCAAGGACAAGCUCUCCAACAACGCAUGUUACAAUACUGGCAACAAAUGCAACUUAUACAACAGCAGCUGCAGCUGGGGGGAACAGUACAUCAACAGCUUGCAAUUCAACAACAGCCACAGCAGGUUCAGCAGCAACCACUCAUAGCUCCCCAAUGGCCUGCAGGAGUCCCACAAGGACCUCCGGUGCCAACACAAGUGGGAGUGUUUCCGGUGAGGCCUGUUGUCAUGGGUGUUCAGGGCCCUUUACAGCCUGGGGUGCCUGUUAUUGAAAAGGGACCCGAACAGAAACCAAGGUCGAGGUCGAGGUCGAGGUCCAAAAGUAGGGACACACCUCAGCCAUCCCCGAUUGGACAGCAAAGCCCUGCCAUUGAUUGGCAGCCACCAAAGGGAAAACAGUCGAAACCACGACAGAGGAAAUCUAAGAAGUCAGAACCGCAAGCCAAUGAUCCAGAUCUUGAACGUCAACAGCAAGUGCUCCAGCAACAAAUAUACCAACAGAUGGAACAGCGGCAUCGGUUGAUGCAGCAGAAUCCAGGAGUUUUUGUUGAACAGGGUCAACAGCAAGGUGUACAACCUACAAUGCCGUUACAACAACCUGGGCAACAGCCUCAAGUGCCUCUUCAGCAAAACAUACUUGAACACCCAGGAAUGUUAGCACAGCCAUCCAUUGAUGGUGCCCAUCCAAUGCGAUCUUUGCCACACACACCAGAGCUUUCGCAAGGGCCACGACCAGGACCUGAUUCGCAAGUUGCUUUCCCACCUGGUACACCAGGACCUCAGAUGCCCCUAUCCUCCAGUGCUCAGGUUCCUCCAGGAUAUCCCCAUACUACAGAUCAAAAUUCUUUUUCACAGAGGUUCCCAACGCCUGAGCAUUAUCUUCAGCAAUUUGGUAAACACCCGAUCCAUCAAAGGCAACUAGAAGUUCGUUACGUUGCUGAAGCAAACAACCCCUUCAGUGAUCAGUUUCAGGGGCUACAAAGCAAAGGCAGGGGCAGAGGGGGAGCAAAGAAAACACCUGGCACCAGAAAGCCCGGAAAACCUCGCAGCAAGAAGACAGCAGAAGUUGAUGUUCUCCCAGAGGUGGAUCUCCAACAACAGCAACAGACUAAUUCUUCUUCAUCAGAGCAAAAUCCCCAGGGCUUGGGCCUCACUCUAUCUCAGCAAGCGCAAGUUAUAAAGCAGGAAAUGCUGGAAUCCGAAGGAUCUGUUCCUCAAACGCCCGACGCUCAACAAAGUGCCGGAUAUACUGGCCCCACUGAUGCUGAUGCAGAUGAAGGUCCUGAUGGUAAAGAUGAAGACCAAGGUCCUGCAGUGCAGGAGGUGAAAGAACAACCUACAGAGGAAGUAUUUACAGGGCAAUGUAUCGAAAUGAACUCUCUUUCAGCCAGCAGCGAGAGCAAUAGUUGUAAUGCGCCAUCUGCAAGGAAUGAAGAAAGUGAUGCCAAUAUGUUGAACGAGAAGAUGAAUACUACAGACAGCGAAACUCCAGCUUCCGCACGAAACGAUUCUAGUGAGUCUGCUGAUAAGAAUAAACAACCAUGCAAUGGGACUGGACUUGAAGCAUUACAAAAACUUGAGUCAAUGGUUGCAGACAUGGCAACCGAGGAGGAAGCCUGUAAGGAACUGGAAAAGCAGAGUGAAUUGGAACGGAUCCAUUUGCCUUUGGAUGACGAUGUCUAUGAUCCGGAAAUGGACAGGAUCUACGAAAGAGACUUCAUGGAAGAAGAAACUCAGUUUGAGCAGUGUUUGUUAUCUCCAAUUAAAGCUGUGGACAAUGGUUCUCAGGCGAAUUCUGUAGCGUCUCUGGAGUGUCACGAAGAGAGCCUUAUUUCACCUCUGCUUGAGGAAACGGAAAGACGAAAGGAACGUCAGACAUUUUUCGCUGAAUCUGCUUCCAGUGAACCAGCGGUUGGAGGCAACAAAAUUACGGAUUUGGGGAAACGUGCGGCAGGAAAAGAACAUGAGGCAGAAGAAGUAGGGCUGACUCCUUCAGAUUCAAGUAAACUAACUGCCUGUAAUGUUACAAACACGAAUGGAGACGAAAAGUUAGAUCGUAUCUCAAGUAAUGCUCAUCCAGCAGCCGAUCAAGAAAAGGUUGUUGAAGAACCUAGGCACGAUAUGUUGCGCGAAACAACCAGUGCUGUCCAAGACACCCAACCACGGGAAACAGAACAAAAUCCGACACCAAGCGAACAAGCGGGUGUCUCGCGUGUUGCUGAUGUUAAUAAAUACGAUGAUUCGUUAACCAAUCAAAGAAUUGAGACAGCUGUCCCUGAAUUAAUUCCAUCCACUUGCGAGACCAUCGAAAGUGUCGCAUCUCCAGUCAAGACUACUCAUGCUGUUCCCUUAGUAAAUGAUGUGGCACCUGUCGUCACUAGUAAUGGUGAGAUACCUUUAGUUUCAGGCGGUGAGCAUAGACCUGUGGCAGAGCAAAUUAACUGCGCUGCCCCCGUGGACAGCCUAGAACCGUUACCCCAACAAAUAGCAAAUGUAGCGAGUGCUAUUGGCCCUGAGGCUCUGCAUGGAACAGUAGGACAGAUACCCCAAGCUCUCGACCAUUAUCAGAGUAACCAACAACAGGGACAUAUCCCAUCAAACCCUGCUCGUCCAGCGAAUGGUGAGAAACCUGCAAAAACACCUAAGCCGUCGAGUCGGUCAAAGAAUUCGCACUCCAGCGGAGAGGGCCCGGUAAAGAGGAGACCACAGCCGAAGGAAGAAGACCCCAUGAAGAAAAAGCUUCAGGAGCUGCGUAGGCAAGAAUAUGAGCGGAAGAAACGUGAGUACGAGGAACAACAAAAGAAGAAACGUGAGCUCCAGAAAGAACUUCGUAUCCAGAAACAGAUGAUAAGAGAGCAGAGGAAGAGGCAGAGGAUAUACAUCAAUGCAAACAGCCGCAACAAACAGAAAACGGACAUCGAGAACAAUGCUACCAACUCCUUGAAGAUUUCCACUCCUAAUAACGCACACAGGGAUCUCAAACCAGCCACACCACUUUCCCUUUGUGAACCGAAGUUGCUUUUGACCCAUGCUUUAACACAUCCAUAUGGUAGUAGGGCUUUCAAUGGGCAGUGUCUCCUGAAAGGAAAUUUUGGAUCUGCUAAAGUGGAUGGCAUGGUGGAUUAUUAUGCACAGUUUCCAUCAUCUGACAUGGACAUUGUGGUGGGACAUCCACCCACCCCACCCUCAUCUCUUCCGCCAUCACCAGGAAUUCAUCAACACCGGACAGAUUCUAGUGGAAAACCUCUUGUUAAUGGAGAUGCUUCGCCCGAAGAACGCGAUGGAGCCGAAUUGCCUCAUUUAAGCAAACCAUCAGCAAGCAGCCGUGAUAGUGAACAUCAAGCCAAACGAGCUCGGUAUACGGGCGCCUUAGAAACUAGUAAAGGUGGCGUCAGUGUUCCUCCGUCGAUGCCCACUCCGCCGCUCUCAGAUUCAGCAGCAACCGUUAGCGAUCGAUUAGUUGAAAUAAUAUCAUCUGGAGGACAUCUCCCCGGAGAGCACGCAGAAGCCAAUGGUAAAGAGUCUCACAGUAGUUCUUCCUCGACCUCACCUGAACCAGUUCAAUACAUAGCGUCUUCAUCUCCAGAGUCAGACGCGGUCAACAGAGUUCAGACCCCUCAGUUUUCAGCACUGGUGCAUCGUGACAGCACCGACUCUCCAACAUUCCCGGCAGUGGCAAUCAAACGCGAGCAGGUGGAGCACUAUCUUGAUAACCGAGCUUCAUGCGGUCAAUCUUGUGGCAAUUUUCCGGAAGGCAGUUUUGUGCAAACUACGUGUAAAUUAGAAGCGCACCACUCGUCAAGGCUUGGGAAUGAUACUGACGAUUUGGAUAGUAUAAAUGUGACACUAACUCUGUCGCCUACAUCUGAGCAAAGAGUCACAGAAACUGUAGCAUCAGUAGCAGAAUUGAUAGGUUGUUCUCCACCCAGGCACUCGGACAUUGUUAUUGAGCCUGCAGGAAAAGGCUUUGCUACCAAAGGGUUUAUGGCGACCAACUCAUUGACAACUCCAGGUGGAGAUAGUUUAAGUAAUUCUAUAGCUCCAAGGAGUCAUACGUCAUCUGACAUUUACCAAAAACAGCCCUUUUCGUGUUCGCAGCUGAGCUUAUCACCCAGCGAGGAAAAGCCCUCGCGCAAAAAACCCGAGGGUCCAUAUUGUAGGCAUUGUGACGUUUUGAUAAUUGGUAUUGGGGUAAAAAGAAAACCGGAAGAAGAGAGUGGAAAGACUACGGAAACAAAUGAAUUGAAUAGGACACAUCCUGAUGCUGCAGACUAUAAAAUCUAUGGAGUCAAUGUCGAAGCUGGCGACUGUACGGGGGACAUUUUCUGUUCGGAAGCUUGCUUAAAACAAUAUUUCGCGCAUUUCGGAUCCGCGUGUUCCUCGCCCACUCGGGAAUGCAAACCAGACCUCAUUGUUGGAGAUCCUCCUUUAGAAGCGACUGUGACGUCAGUUGGUCAGCCAAGUAUCGGAGCCGGGAAUAUAACGACAGUGAGUGAUGUGGAGACACGGGGGAGCCUCGUGGCUGAUGGAUUACCGCCGACAUCUGUACGAAAAAUACGCAGUCCCAGCUGGAAGGAUGAAGACGAAGAUGAAGAGGCGAAGAUUUCUAAGCGACAGCGUCGGUUGCGGUGGAAAAGAUGGCAACAGAGCGAGGAAGCUAAGAGCGACAACAAACAACGGAUAGAGUUGACACCAGAGGAAUCAGCUGAGCUUCUGGAGAAACACAACGGAUCACUGAAGCCCCCUGCCAAUGCAGUGGAUGACCUUAGGAGGUGCACUCUUUGCGGUGCGAAAGGAGACGGUGAUAACAAUGCAUCAGCCCGGCUGCUGAAUCUGAAUGUAGACGUGUGGGUCCAUCUCAACUGUGCUCUCUGGUCCUUGGAAGUUUACGAAACGCUAAAUGGCGCAUUGAUGAAUGUCGAAGUGGCUGUGAAGCGAGGAACUGUUACGAAUUGUGUAGUUUGCUACAAAAGAGGCGCUACAGUGUCGUGUAAGCAGAAGAUUGGCCUGUCCAAGAUCGGCUGCCCAAACAAUUAUCACUUCAGUUGUGCUAUCUCUAAAGGUUGUUUGUUCCUAAAGGACAAGACCAUGCUGUGUCAUGAACAUAGACCAGAAGCUGCAUCGCUCGGAGACCAUGUACUCACCACCUAUGCCGUGUUUAGAAAAGUUUAUGUGAACAGGGACGAGAUUCAACAGAUCGCCAGUAUGUUACGUCACAAUCAAGAGACCAGCGACAAGCCACAGACAUUACGCGUGGGAAGCUUGGUGGUGAAAUCGUUGGGACAACUUUUGCCUCAUCAGCUACAGUCGUUCCACACUAGAGACGCCGUGUAUCCGGUUGGUUUCAAAACAAUCCGUUUCUACUGGAGCAUGCACUCUGUGAAUCGCCGCUGUAAAUAUCACUGUGUGGUUGAAGACGCGGAAGGUUCGCCAAGUUUUACCAUCAGGGUUGAUGACGAUGGACACAAUGAGCAACCGGUGUUCAGAGGAAAAACACCCAGAGAUGUGUGGCAGCAGAUUCUUGUUCCUAUUUUGAAAAUGAGGAAAGAAGCUGGUUUAGUGAACCUGUUCCCUCAGUACAUCACUGGCGAGGAUCUGUUUGGUUUGUCGGAGCAGUAUGUUCUGCGGAUCAUCGAGUCGAUGCCUGGUGUUGAUCAAAUGCAGGGAUAUAACAUGCGUUAUGGCCCGUCACCCAUCAUGGAGCUGCCGCUGGCGGUAAACCCCACGGGCAGUGCUAGAUCCGAGCCCCUGCUGAAGUCGCACUUCAAGAGCGCAAGAGCACGUGCCCUUCGAUCUGCCACAAGUUCUGGUUCAGCAGUGUCGCCCGCGGCCACUGUUGGUGGAGCAGGAAACUCAGAAGAGUCAUCCGGAUUGUACCUCAAACAGUUUGUCUACUCCAAGGCUACACAAUACCGCAAGCUUAAAACAGAAUGGAAAACCAAUGUGUUCCUGGGAAGGUCGAAUAUUCAAGGCUUAGGGCUGUUUGCAAACAAGGACAUGGAAGCGGGAAGCAUGGUGAUCGAAUACAUUGGUUCUAUUAUUCGAAACGAAGUCGCAAACAGAAGAGAGCAAAUUUACGAAAAGCAGAAUCGUGGUGUGUAUAUGUUCAGAAUAGACUCCGACGCAGUCAUAGAUGCCACGAUGGCCGGCGGACCAGCACGUUACAUCAACCACUCCUGUAUGCCAAACUGUGUUGCUGAAGUUGUAACGUUUGAAAAGGAGCAAAAGAUUAUUAUUAUCUCCAACAGGAAGGUUGAAAAAGGAGAAGAGCUCACGUAUGACUACAAGUUCGACUUUGAAGAUGAAGAAAACAAGAUUCCAUGCCUUUGCGGUGCCCCGAAUUGCCGCAAAUGGAUGAACUAACGCGAAGACAUUUUGUGUUUCAACCAGAAAUUUAUUUAUCGUUAUUUAUUUAACGUGUUUCCCUUGACGGAAUGUUCUACAGUUUUUGGCCGGUUCAAAUCCUUUAAUUUCUUACUCAUUAAGACUGUGAGGAAUAUAUAUAUAUAAAUAUAUACAUCGAUUGUACGCUGUAUAAUUAAGAAAUAAAGUUUUAGUUCGCAUUUUUUUCUAACACAGGGAAGUCAAACCGCAAAAGUUAAAAAUGUCUCAGAAAUUAGUCCAUUCAGUGAACUCAUUAAAAUUGCUUGCCUUUUUUUCGUUUUUUUGUUUUUUUGGUUUUUUGGUUUCUUUCUUUUUUUUUGUUUGCCCUGAAGUGCAGCUUAAUAAUGACAAUAAUUAUAGUCCCAAAAUUGUUCAGAGUUUUUUAAAAAUUUUACACGCGCCGAAUGCGUGAAACAUGAAAUGUAGUGUACAUAUUACGGUAUUGCCUGAAGUGAAGUUUUAUUGAAAAUGAAGAAUAAAUAAAGACGCUUAGAAACAGCUUGACAGUGUUUUGAGACAGCGCAUUUUUGACAAACUAGAAUCAGGGU